AUGGCUUUCACCGUGCUCUGCCUGACCGUCGUCAGAUGGGUUCCAGUUGUAUUUGUCGUUCUGCUCUUCGUCUGGUCCACAUACGCCUACAUCGUCCAGAUGUGCCUCUAUAUGGUCACAGAUCUUGUCGAACGAAUCUUCUACAUAGUGAUCUUCAGCGUAUUGCUGUUCAUGUGCAUCUGGUGCUUCAUAAAAGCCAUCUUCACUCCAACGGCUGGAGUUCCAUUCCAAUACUUCUUGACUGCAGACGAGAAGGAUCAGGCUGAGAAGGGCAAGGCCGAAUGUAAGGAGGUCGUGGAGAACAAGGGCAUCAAGCUGAGAGUUCAAGGUCGAACUGUCAGAGGAUGCGUACGAUUUUGUGAGGCAUGCCAAUGCAUCAAGCCAGAUAGGACGCACCACUGUUCUAACUGUCAAAAAUGUGUGUUGAAGAUGGACCACCACUGCCCCUGGAUCAACAACUGCGUCUGCUACAGCAACUACAAGUUCUUCUUCCUCUUCCUCAUGUACUCCUUCCUCUUCUGCCUUUUCAUCGCGGCCACCAGCUGCCAGUACUUCGUCAAGUUCUGGACGAUGGACCUGUCGAUAGAGGGCUACGGCAAAUUCAACAUCCUCUUCCUCUUCUUCGUCUCCAUCAUGUUCACCAUCAGUCUGCUCACCCUGCACUCCUACCACUCCUAUCUUAUUACCGUCAAUAGGACCACUCUAGAGUCACUGAGGGCUCCAGUCUUUAGGUCAGGACCCGAUAAGAACGCUUACAACAGGGGCUGUCGGAAGAACUUCAUCGAGGUCUUCGGUAGGUCACCACUCCUUUGGCUCCUGCCCGUUUUCACCGAGUGA